ACGGUCCUUCCCACUUCUGUUGCAAAUCUAGCCGUCUGCAAGCGUUGAUAUGCCCCUCUGUACACUGAAGCCGCACAAAUACACCCAGAAUCGCAAAUACCUCAGGCUCGUCUUCUUUCUCCUAUCGAGAUUGGCAACAAUCACUGUCCAGUGGGGCAAAAUCUAACGCGAGGGGCAAGAUGUGAAGACUGGAUAUGGGUCACUUGUUAUCUGCGCCCCUGAAAUGUUUGUUGUCGAUAUCCACAUGUAAGGACUCGUAGACCGAUAAGCCGGGUUUGGAUCCAAGACUGCCGAGAUGCUCAUGAAGUAUAUAUUGCUCUGCUUUGAACAAAUCAUACAUCAUGGUCUGUGUUAUUUCCGACCCCGACUGGUGGCGCCAGGCCGUCGUCUAUCAAAUCUAUCCCCGUUCCUUCGCCGACGCGAACGGUGAUGGGAUUGGAGACUUAAAAGGUAUAACUGCUCGUGUGCCGUAUUUGAAAGCAUUAGGAGUGGAUGCCAUUUGGCUCAGCCCUUUCUAUCCUUCCGCUUUGCGGGAUGGCGGUUAUGAUGUGGCCGACUACAGGGAUGUCGACCCGAAGAUCGGGACAUUGGAAGAGUUUGACGAAAUGACCGCUGCUUUCCAAAAAGUCGGAAUCCGAGUCAUCGUCGAUAUCGUCCCCAACCAUUCAAGCGAUGACCAUGAAUGGUUCCAAGCUGCUUUGAAAGCGGGUAAGGGGUCACCAGAGAGGGAAAGGUACAUUUUCAGAGAUGGUCUCGGACCCAACAAAGAUCAGCCUCCUACCGACUGGAUCUGUUCUUUCGGUGGAUCUGCUUGGUCGCCUUCUGGAAUGAACGACGGUCAAUGGUAUUUCCACUGGUUUGACUCCUCUCAACCGGACUGGAAUUGGGAGAACCCAGAUGUCAAAGCAGAUUUCCUGAAGACCUUGAAGUUUUGGGGUGAUCGGGGAGUCUCAGGUUUCCGGAUUGACGUCGCCCACGGCCUUGCUAAAGACAUGAGCGAGCCCUUGCCUAACUGGGAGCAGUUGACUAAAUUGACUCAUCAAAAGCUCACUAACGGUAACUCCGAGUUGGAUCAUCCCCUUCUCGACAGGAAGGAGGUACACGAUAUCUACAGAUCUUGGAGAGAAGUCUUCAACCAGUUCAAUCCCCCACUCAUGGCUGUUGCUGAAGCCUGGGUUGCUCCAGACCAAAAGCCCCUCUACGCUUCUUCUGAGGGUCUCGGCCAGACCUUCUCUUUCGAUAUUCUUUUGUGCAACUUUGAUGCUGAGGAGUACCGUCAAUGCAUUAAGAGUUCAUUGGCAGGAAGCAAAAAGUCCGACUCAACUACUACCUGGGUACUGUCCAAUCAUGAUGUAAUGCGACAUCCCACCCGAUUCGGUCUCCCCAACGUCCCGAAUGCGAACCAUGCAAUGACUACGGACACCUAUAACAAGUUCCUUAAAACCAAGUUGACGGAUCCCAAGGUUGAUAUUGAGCAAGGGUUGAGGAGAGCCAAAGCGGCUACUCUCAUGAUUCUUGCCUUGCCGGGAUCCACAUACCUAUAUCAGGGUGAAGAACUUGGCUUGCAAGAAGUCGUCGAAAUUCCAGACGAGGAACGACAAGACCCUAUAUUCAUCCGAACAAAGGGAGAAGAAGUCGGUCGUGAUGGCUGUCGAGUUCCUAUUCCUUGGGUUGCCGAUGAAAAGAACUUUGGCUACGGUCCUGGCAAACGUGCGCAUCUCCCUCAGCCUGCGUGGUUCAAAGACUAUGCGGUCGAUGUAGAGGAAAAGGAUGCCAACAGCGUAUUAAGCCUUUACCGACGGGCUUUAGGAUUGAGAAAAGGGCUGCAAUCUGCAGAGGAGCUUGAAUGGGUGGAGAAUCCUAACAAAGAAGUCCUGCAUUUCCGAAGGCCCGGUGGAUGGGAGGUAGUUGUCAACAUCGGCAAAGAUUCUGUUGAUCUGCCCAAGGGUUCCGUUCUUAUUAGUUCAUCUAAUAACGCGCUCAAGGGUGGAAGCAUUCCUGGGGAGACGACUGUUUGGCUCAAGUCUGCGUAGAAUCUCGUAUAACUUACUAGGCCGUUGUAAUAGAAUUGAAUUGUAAAUGCAGCCAAUGUCAUGCAAAGUCUGAAAGGCAUCGAUGAAUAAUUGAUGGCUGGCGAGGUGAAUAAGUCAGAAUGAACUCCGGGAAAUCGGCAUCUCUUUUUUGGCACCGCGACCGUAGUCCAUACAACAGUAUCAACAUCGCGGGAAGGUUUUAUCAUAUCAGGAGAAAGGCCAAAAUCUUCAAGAAGAAUCAAACCUACAGUCUAUGUCAAAAGAAGAAACUUUUGAGUUCCAAAUCAAGCAGUUGCCCACACACCUACCUACCUUCUCGGCCCCCUAAAAAUGUCAUUUUCUUCUUUUUUCGUCGCUAUGAUGGUCUUACUACGCUCCGUAACAUUCAUUCCAAGAUUCGUCGUGUGCCUUCAGAGCUGCCAGCCACGUCGGGUUCCUGCAAUCGUGCGUGAAGUAGCAUGCUGUUCUCUGUGCUUU